AUGCCCUCCAAGACCUUCCUCGACCCUGCGACGGCCAUUGAGCAUCUCAGCAUGUACGACCGAUCCGACGGGCUCGCCGUCGGCGAGCUCAUGAACUCGGCCGUACACGGUGGUCUCACCUAUAACGACUUCCUCAUGCUCCCUGGAAAAAUCGACUUCGGCGCCCACGAGGUCACGACGGAGAGCAGGGUCACCCGCAACGUCGUGCUCCGCACGCCCUUCAUGAGCAGCCCCAUGGACACUGUCACUGAGGGCGAGAUGGCUAUAGCCAUGGCGCUCCUCGGCGGCAUCGGCGUCAUCCACCACAACCAGUCCCCCGAGGAACAGGCCGCCAUGGUGCGUGCUGUGAAGCGUCACGAGAACGGCUUCAUUGCGAACCCGGUCGUUUUGUCCCCAUCUCACCGUGUAGAGCACGUCCUCGACGUGAAAGAGCGGCUCGGCUUCGCUGGUGUACCCAUUACAGACACCGGCGCGCUUGGGGGCAAGCUCCUCGGCAUUGUCACGAACCGAGAUAUCCAGUUCCGCUCGCCUACGACACCCCUCUCCGAGGUAAUGACCACCGACCUGGUGACCGCGCCAGAGGGCAUCACACUGCAGGAGGCCAACGACAUCCUGCGCGACUCAAAAAAGGGCAAGCUGCCCAUCGUCAACAAAGAGGGCCGCUUGACCUCGCUCCUCGCGCGCUCGGACUUACUCAAGAACCAGAAUUACCCGCUCGCGUCGAAGCUGCCCGAGAGCAAACAGCUGUAUGCCGCCGCGGCGAUCGGGACGCGCCCGGCGGACCGCGCCCGGCUCGCGGUGCUCGUCGACGCGGGCCUCGAUAUCGUCGUGCUGGACUCGUCGCAGGGAAACUCGGUGUACCAGGUCGAGACGAUCCAGUGGAUCAAGCAGACGUACCCGAAGCUGGAGGUCAUCGCCGGCAACGUCGUCACGCGCGAGCAGGCGGCGGCGCUGAUCGCCGCGGGCGCGGACGGCCUGCGGAUUGGGAUGGGCUCCGGCUCGAUCUGCAUCACGCAGGAGGUCAUGGCGGUGGGCCGCCCGCAGGCGACCGCGGUGUACGCGGUGGCGGAGUUUGCGAGCAAGUUUGGGGUGCCGGUCAUCGCGGACGGCGGGAUCGGCAAUGUGGGGCAUAUCGUGAAGGCGCUGGCGCUCGGGGCGGGUGCGGUGAUGAUGGGCGGGCUGCUGGCGGGCACGACGGAGGCGCCCGGGGAGUACUUUUGGCAUGAGGGCAAGCGCGUCAAGGCGUACCGCGGCAUGGGCAGCAUCGAGGCGAUGGAGCAGGGCAAGCCCAUGCCGCCGUCGGCGGAGGUGAACGGGACGGGCCCGGUGAAGCACUCGCGGAAGAAGGCGACGCACGAGAACGCGGCGACGACGCGGUACUUCUCCGAGUCGUCCGCUGUGAAAGUCGCGCAGGGCGUGUCGGGCGACGUGCAGGACAAGGGCACUGUGCGCGCGUUCAUCCCGUAUUUGUACACGGGCCUGCAGCACUCGCUCCAGGACAUCGGCGUGCGCAACGUCUCGCAGCUCCAGGAGGGCGUGCGGGCGGGUCAGGUGCGCUUCGAGCUCCGCACCGCGAGCGCGCAGGUCGAGGGUGGUGUGCAUGGGCUGAAUUCGUAUACGAAGCGGCUCUUUGCGUAG